GAGAUACACAAGCGCUAAAGUCACAAUAGUGUGAGGAGGAGUUGCCGCUGGAGUCGACAUCAGCGUAGCGCAGUUGGGUAGCGUACCGAGAAACUCCCUGGGCGGAUUAAACUUUAUCUUUCUGUGGCCGAAGCUGUGCGAAAUUGUUGACCGGCUAUAUGAGUGAGAGCAGAGCCAAGGAAUUGUUUGUACAUUGCGCUCGUCACCGUGGACUUUGCGUACGAGAGGAGCAACGGGGAGCUACAAAGCCGGUUGUGCCGUAUGGUGGAGAGCAGCCCAGCCCCCAUUCGACUCGGACUGGCCUGCUGCUCGAAGGAGCAGGGGAUAGCUAACUUAGCUGAUGCGUUAACUCACCCUGUUGCUGCAUCUCACCAUUUGGAUAUUUGGGUUUUGUUUUGACGACUUCUUUCAACGUUGGUUUUAAUUCAGCGUGUCGUCAAAAGUUUGGCUGUCUUGAUUAAUUUGUUGUGUAACCUUGUGAGAGACCAGUGUAGAAUAUUUUUGUUGGAUAACGUUAGCUUGCACCAGUGAUACAAACGUUGCUAGCCGGUUAGCUAGCCAGGUAGCUGUUGCUACUACGUCGUUUUAAAUUAGCGAGCUGGUCUCAAAGCUGUGUACUACUUUGUGUGCAUCAGCGAAUUGAACAUUUAAUUCCCCCAAAACCGACACAUGCUAUAGUGGGUGGCAACGGGCGUUGUUGGUGUUAACAGCUCGCUGGUGAAUGCGCACUUGUGUAUUUGCCAUUAUUGCCAAACUCAUCUUUAUGCACAGAUAGGCUGCUAAAAAUUAAAAUCUGCGGCAAGGAUCUUAAGGCGAUUGUUUUGAAUAUGUGUGAAACAAUCAGUUGCAGAGAUCAUAUGAGCUGUGGCUCAUCGACUGCAAGAUAUGCCUAGUUUACGGGAUCGUCGCAUUUUAAAGAGCUGUGGAACUUGCUACCCACGACGGUCGAACUGAUCCCUGCCUUUGCGUCGCAGUACUAGCCAUCAACCUCCUGUGUUUUGAAGCAAGAACUGGAACCAAACAAUAUUAACCGUUGUAUGACCUUUUAAUUGGGUAUUGGGUGGUUUCACCGGAUCUUUGCAUCCUUUCUGAACAAGCGUUGGUCUUUUACAAGCUACACCAUCCCUUCUCCCCCAUCUCUGCUCCACUUCGUCUCCCCUUUUCUCCGAUGCGGAGCGCCUGAGUUUCACCGGCAACCUUUCCCUCUCGGAGGCCGGACAUGCUGAAGUGUAUUCCCUUGUGGCGCUGCAACCGCCACGUCGAGUCGGUGGACAAGCGGCACUGCUCCUUGCAAACAGUCCCCGAUGAGAUUUACCGCUACAGUCGAACCCUGGAGGAGCUGCUUUUGGAUGCCAACCAACUGAAAGAGCUACCCAAGCCCUUCUUCCGCCUCCUGAAUCUGCGUAAGCUGGGCCUGAGUGAUAAUGAGAUCCAGCGUCUCCCUCCUGAGGUGGCCAACUUCAUGCAGCUGGUGGAGCUCGACAUCUCCAGAAAUGACAUUCCUGAUAUCCCCGAGAGCAUUAAGUUCUGCAAGGCACUGGAGAUCGCCGACUUCAGCGGAAACCCCCUCUCCAGUUUGCCUGAUGGCUUCACCCAGCUGCGAGGCCUUGCCCACCUGGCCCUCAAUGACGUGUCUCUGCAGACGCUACCCAACGACAUAGGAAAUCUGGCCAACCUGGUGACACUUGAGCUGAGGGACAAUCUACUGAAGUCUUUGCCAACGUCUCUGUCCUUCCUUGUAAAACUGGAGCAGCUGGAUCUGGGCAGCAAUGUGCUGGAAGUGCUGCCGGACACACUGGGAGCGCUCCCCAACCUGCGUGAGCUGUGGUUGGACAGAAACCAGCUGACCUCAUUACCACCUGAGCUGGGUAACCUGCGUCGGCUGGUGUGUCUGGACGUGUCUCAGAACCGUCUGGAGGAGCUGCCCAGCGAACUCAGCGGCCUGCUGGCCCUCACGGACCUGCUGCUCUCCCAGAACAUGCUGGAGCUCAUCCCAGACAGCAUCGGCUCCCUGAAGCAGCUGUCCAUCCUUAAAGUGGACCAGAACCGGCUACUGCGGCUCACAGACUCUCUGGGAGAGUGUGAGAACCUGACAGAACUCAUGCUGACAGAGAACCUUUUGCAGUCCCUGCCGCGCUCGCUGGGUAAACUGAAGAAGCUGACCAACCUGAACGUGGACCGCAACCGUCUGGGCACGGUGCCGGCCGACCUGGGUGGCUGUGCCAGCCUGAACGUGCUCUCGCUGAGGGACAACCGGCUGGGCAAGCUGCCGUCCGAGCUCGCCAACGCCACCGAGCUGCAUGUGCUCGACGUGGCAGGGAACAGACUGCAGAACCUUCCGUUUGCUCUGGCCAACCUGAACCUGAAGGCCAUGUGGCUGGCGGAGAACCAAUCACAGCCCAUGCUCAAGUUCCAGACGGAGGACGACGAGCAGACGGGGGAGAAGGUGCUCACAUGCUACCUGCUGCCUCAGCAGCCCACGCCCAGCCUCGAGAACCUGCUGCAGAACAGCGUGGACGAGACGUGGACGGACAGCAACCUAAACCGCGUCUCCGUCAUCCACUUCCAGGAGGAGGCCAAGCCAGAGGACGAGGACGACGAGGCGGCCGCUGAGAGACGGCAGGGUCUCCAGCGCCGGGCGACUCCGCACCCCAGUGAGCUGAAGGUCAUGAAGAAUAUGAUUGAGGAGCGCAGGAACGAGGCCUACACCGCCAAACCCGACGGAGACCUGGACUCGCCAGAGUCAGAGGAGAAGCGUCUGAGCGGUCUGUCCAAUCAGAGUCAUGACUCGCAGGCGUCCAACAGCACGGCAUCGGCCAACUCGCACGAUGAGAGGCGGGGCCAGGGCCAGAGGGAGGCGGGAGUGGACAGCCACGCCCAGGAGGAGGAGGAGCUGGACGAGAUGGAAGUGGAGUAUAUCGAGCCCACUGUGCACUUUGCCGAGGAGCCCAUCAUCCGGGGCGGCGAGGAAGAGGACGACGAAGACGAAGAGGAGGACGAUGACGAGGGCAGCGACGACAACGCGGAGCCCCCUCCCCCCUACCCCGGCCAGAAGCAGCGGCUGAUCCGCAAGGACACGCCACACUACAAGAAGCACUUCAAGAUCACCAAGCUGCCCAAGCCCGAGACCGUGGCCGCCCUCCUACAGGGCUACAGCCCCGACGGCCUCACGUCCCACUCCCCUCACUCCCCUCACUCCCCGCACAGCCAGAACCACCAGGACGAAGACGCUGAGGAGGAGAGGAGAAGGCUGAUGGGACAGAGGGCGGAGGAGGAGGAGGAAGAGGAGGAGGAGGAGGACUCUGAGGUAACGGCGUCGACUCCUCUGCUCCAUCGGACGCCAGCUGCAGAGAUGGAGAACAGUCGGGUGAUGCACGUCAACUCCUCACUACAGCCGGUCAAGGGGGUGUCAUUUGAUCAAGUCAAUAAUCUGCUGAUUGAGCCUGCUCGAAUUGAGGAGGAAGAGCUGAGUCUGAUCAUCCACAGACAAACAGGAGGUCUGGGCAUCAGCAUUGCUGGUGGGAAGGGCUCCACACCCUAUAAGGGGGACGAUGAGGGAAUCUUCAUCUCCAGAGUAUCAGAGGAUGGACCAGCGGCGAGAGCCGGAGUCAAAGUGGGAGACAAGCUGCUUGAGGUGAAUGACGUGAAUCUUCAGGGGGCCGAGCACCACACGGCAGUGGAGGCCCUGCGCAGCUCGGGCUCCGCCGUCACCAUGACGGUUCUACGCGAGCGCAUGGUGGAGCCGGAGAACGCCAUCACCACCACGCCGCUGCGGCCCGAGGACGACUACUUCCCCCGGGAGCGGCGCUGCAGCGGGGUGCCCUUCUCCAUGGAGCCCGGAUCCCCGGCCUCCGGGGGCGCCACGCCAAACCCCAACACCUACCGCCUCACCACCUGCCUGCUGCGCAACGACAAGGGCCUGGGCUUCAGCAUCGCCGGGGGCAAGGGCUCCACGCCUUACCGCACGGGAGACACGGGUAUUUACGUCUCGCGCAUCGCUGACGGGGGAUCAGCACACAGAGACAACGUCCUAAAAGUGGGAGACAGGGUCAUCUCUAUCAAUGGUGUAGACAUGACAGAGGCCAGGCAUGACCAGGCAGUAGCGCUGCUUACCGGCACCUCCCCCAGCAUCGCCCUGCUGGUGGAGCGCGAGCAGAGUCCCACCGCCGGCCGAGGCCGAGCCCACUCACCCCCACCCCCCGAGCCCUCAGACUCCCCCGAGCAAGAGGAGCCCGGAGACGAGCACGCGGGAGCCAACCACCUGGGAGCACGCACCAUGGAGGACGAGUACCCCAUAGAGGAAGUGACGUUGGUGAAGGCGGGUGGGCCGCUGGGGCUGAGCAUCGUGGGUGGGAGCGACCAUGCCAGCCACCCGUUUGGCGUCAACGAGCCUGGAGUCUUCAUCUCGAAGGUGAUCACCCACGGGUUGGCGUGUAAGAGCGGGCUGCGAGUGGGCGAUCGCAUCCUGGAGGUGAAUACCAUCGACCUGCGGCACGCCACCCACCAGGAGGCUGUCAGAGCACUGCUCUCCAACAAGCACGAGAUACGCAUGCUGGUGCGGAGAGAUCCCUCGCCACCCGGCAUGCAGGAGAUCGUGAUCCUGAAGCAGCCAGGUGAGAAGCUGGGUAUCAGCAUCCGAGGAGGAGCCAGAGGCCAUGCUGGAAACCCCCUAGACCCCACGGACGAGGGCAUCUUCAUCUCCAAGGUGAGCUCCACGGGUGCCGCGGCACGUGACGGCCGUCUGCUGGUGGGCAUGCGUAUCCUGGAGGUGGGCAACCAGAGCCUGCUGGGCAUGACCCACACGGAGGCCGUCAGGGUGCUGCGCUCCACAGGGGACACGCUUGUGCUGCUGAUCUGCGACGGCUUCGACCCGCGCAACAUUUCGGGCGUCGAGGCGUCACCUGGGGUCAUCGCCAACCCGUUUGCGUCGGGGAUCGUACGGAAGAACAGCAUGGAGAGCAUCUCAUCUAUAGACCGUGACCUGAGCCCAGAGGAGAUGGACAUCCUCCAGAAGGAGGUGGAGAUGGCGAGAGAGACGUCACAAUGGGAGAGAGAGGAGAUGGAGAAAGUGGAGCGCAUGCGUUUGGAGCGCGAGGAGGCCACUCGGCAGCUAGAGGAGGAGGCAGAGAACCUGAGCCACGGCCCUCUGAAACUGGACUACAAAACACUGGCAGCACUGCCCACCACCAGCCUGCAGAGAGUCAACCGGUCCACCACCUCGUUCCUUGUUGCUUCCGUCCCAAUGGAGGCCGCCCUGCAAUGCGUUCCCCCAGUAGUAGACCCUCUGGGGUUUCAGCCAGGGAUGGGCCUCAGCUCGUUCUACUCACCCGAGGACAGCCCCAGCCUCAGCACCAGCCUCAGUCUGUCUCCAGCGUCCCCCUUCUCGCCACCACCGUCCUCCAGCACGACAAGCACAGUGCCCCCCUCACCCACAGUCCUCUCUCCGGACCCCCCCACACAGCCUCCACAGCAGCAACAGCAGCAUCCAUCCACGACCCAAGGAGGAGGAGAUGGAGGAGUAGUAGGAGGAGGUGAAGAGGAGGAGGAGUGCCUGGUGGACUCUCAGCCCAUCUGCUUCAGCGAGAACCCGUUCCUUGUGGCCAACCGCAAGGGCAAAGGCCGCCCGCCGCAGGAGCGUAUUCUCUCGGGGCCCCCGACCGGCUAUGGGAAAGCGGGCCAGCUGCAGCCCUGGCUCUUCUCUAAGGCCCCCUCAACAGACACUCAGAGAAUAGACAGUCCUGUGCGUGAUGCCUCAUACUCGCCCAGUGCACAGCCCCAGUGUGCAAGGCAGCACUCCCCAGCUCAACUGUCACUCGGCAGAGAGACCCGGUUUGCCACAGUUAAUUUGCCCUCCAGUGCCACUGCCAAGGACAAUGCAUCUACCAAGCCUGGUGUGAUCCAGCCACUGUCCCGUAUGAGACAGCAACAGCAGCCGCAGCAGCCAGGGCAGCAGCCGCAGCCGCAGCCGCAGCCGACCUCCUCGCCCUCCAGCCAGGACGGCCACAGCAGCCCCAACCCCUUCCAGCACGGUCCCCCCCACCCCAUCAACUCCCAGACUUCUCCCCGCGCCCCCUCCCCUGACACAUUCGAAGAGUUCCCCGUCAAUAUCAAGCAGGCCUACAAGGCCUUUGCUGCUGUGCCCCACUCUCUGGCGGUGCUGGAACCACCUCAGGACAAAUACGUUCAGCGGAACAAUGUUUACCCUGUGCAGCCGUCUCCUGAGGCGGAUGUAGGAGAUGAUGUGUUUACUGAUGAGGUGGAGGCGGAUGGGGAAGGGGAUGAGCUGGAUUCAGGCUCCCCUCGCCCCUCCCUCUCCUCGGACCGUCGCGACUACAUGAGUCUGGCCGCGGUGCCACGGCUCUCUCGGGCCUCUGUGGAGUUUAAGACGCCGAGCCCGGUGGCCAAGGACAGUCCCGAGCAGCGCUCCUUCAGGGACCGGCAGAAGUACUUUGAGAUCGACGUGAAGAACACGCCGGAGAACAAGCCCAAGCCCCGCGUCUCGCUGGUGGGGGAGGACGACCUGAAGAAGAUGAGGGAGGAGGAAGAGAAGCGAUUUGUGCAGUGUGCACGUGACUACCUUCUGGACGAGGAAGAGGAGGAGGAGGAAGACCUGGCCAAGCAGGUGGCAGCGAUGAAGGCUAGUGGCAAGGUGCUUCUGGACGGCGUGGAGUACAAGGUGGAGAGCGUAGUCAGCCCCGGCAGCGGAAACAACAACAACGGCAGCCCAGCUCCAGCUCCGCAGCACAGCCAGCCUGCAGCCACUCCCCCCAGGCAGCACUGCACCACGCCACCCAACUACAACACGCCACCCAACUACGCCGGAACGCCUUCACCAGUAGACUCUCAGAGGAACUCCAUGGAGGAGACCUUCAGACUGGACCAGAGGCCAAACUCCAUGAUUGGGUUGGUGCCCAUGUACCCGGGCGGUGACGCGGCGGCGCCUAUCCGCACUGCCAAGGCUGAGCGGCGGCACCAGGAGCGGCUGCGCAUGCAGAGCCCAGAGCUGGCCGUGGCCUCCGACAAGGACCUGUCCCCCGCGGAGAAGAGAGCGCUGGAGGCAGAGAAGAGGGCCAUGUGGAGAGCAGCCAGGCCGUAUGGCCUGGAGGAGGAUGUCAGGCAGUAUGAGCAGGACCUGGCCAGGAGACUGUACCAGUCCCGGGUGCGGGCAUCACAGGCCGCCAGUGCCAACGCCAACAACAACCCCAACCUUCCUCCUCCUUCCUCCUUCUUCUCCUCCUCCUCUUCCUCCCAGCCCAGGAUGAAGUCACUGGAGCAGGAUGCUCUGAAGGCGCAGAUGGUGAUCGCCAAGUCUAAGGAGAACAAGAAGCGCAGCACACUGGACCAGCUGGCCGAGUCACCCUCGCCGGCCCCCACCCCCACCCCCACCCCUCUGGAAGACCUCUCCCCCCGAGGUGUGACGUCGCCGGGCAGACUGUCCCUGUCGGAAAAGAAGUUUGACUACCGGCAGUUCGCUGCCAUUCCUUCUUCCAAACCUGUUUACGACAUCCAGUCUCCCGACACUCUUGACAACGUGCGCUACAUUGAAGAUGGCUCCAGCAGCCCAGCGGUGGCUGGUGAUGUGGAGGUGUCCCCAGUGGUGGGCAGCACUGCUCUGGAGGAGAUGGCCCUUUACAGCAACAAGCGCAAACUCCGCCAGGCUCGUCGCAGCCUGGAGACGGCAGUGCCCACAUAACCUCCACACAACACUCACACAACCCCCAAACAAACAACCCAUAACACAAUCUAACACACACGCACCUACAUACGCCUGACACGUAGUCAUGGAAACACAUGCAAGCACACACCUCUGAAACACUAAUGACUGAGAAGUUGGAACACUAACGCCCUCAUACACACACACACACACACACACACACACACACACACACACACACACACACACAGUACAGAAGUACAGAUUCUGCACAGCCAUCACAAACACACAGACACACUGUCAGUGUCACACACUCGCGUUCCUCUCAGAUCAAAGCACCAAGACGUCAGCCAAUGUCUCACCCGGCCGGCCGCCACAAUAACCUCAUGGGGUGUCCACCAUGGACAUGUGUCUGCUCUCCGCGACCCCUGGCUCCAGUGGGUUGCCAGGGAAACCAAGUGCUCCUGUUGCCCGGUGCUUGAUGUUGGACAUCAAGAGCAGAAGUUGGAGGAACGACACCAACAACUAGUCAUCUCGCCAUUUGUUUUAUUUUGUUUUUUAUUUUUUUUAAUCGUCUUUUAGCCUGGGCCUUCAGUUUCCGUUUUAGAAGCUGAAUUAUUUUAAACUGACAACUCGCGCUGUGUUGUUGUUUUUUUAUCAUUAAUAUUUUCAAAUUCACGCCUAGUUUUUUAAUGUGUGAAAAGACAACUGAAAAAAGGUGUAAAGAGA